AGCCAUUGCGGCCCAGUCUGGAGAGACACGCCGCCGGCCGCCGCCAGCGUGCCACAUCUGCUCCGCGCGCCGCAGGGAGGCAGGGCCAUGCCUCCGUCUCAGAGCCGCGUGCUCGUGGUGGGCGGGAGCUUCGCGGGCCUGUGCAUCGGGCGUGACCUGAAGAAGGACUUCCUGGUCACCAUCGUGGACGCGAAGGAGUUCUUCGAGUACACGCCGGGCGUGCUGCGCGCAUACGUCAAGCCGAAGCACCUGGACGCCCUGACGUUCACACUGUACCCUGUGAUCGAGUAUCAGAUGGGCCUCAAGUUCAUAUGGGGCGAGGUGCUGGAGAUGAAGCCGGACAGGACCGCCGUGAUCAAGCCGAUGUUCACCACGGCGCAGGAGGUCAUCGACUUCGAUUAUUCCAUCAUCGCGGCGGGGUGCAAUUUCGGCGUCUUCCACAAGUGGGGCGAGUCCCUCUGGUUCCCGACCAUCCACGAGAAGGCGCGUCCCGAGGGGUCCUGGUCGCACAUCGACGAGCGUUUCCUGGAGGGCCGCCGCCGCCACGUCCUGGAGGAGUACAAGAGCAUCCGCGAGAUGAACGCGGCGAAGGCCUCCGUCAUGGUGGUCGGCGCUGGCUUCAUCGGCGUCGAGUGGGUCACGGAGCUGGAGCACUUCUUCCCCAACCUCUCGCUGGCGAUCUGCGACAUGCUGCCCAAGUGCCUGGGCCCGCUGCCCGAGAGCGCCGCGGAGUACUGCGUCAAGUACAUGAAGAGGAAAGGGAUCACCCAGAUCUACGGCGAGAAGUUCGACGAGAAGAGCACGGAGUACCUGGCAAAGACUGGCCUGAAGGACAAGAGCGGCAAGCCCGGCUGGGACAAGAAGUACGUCUGCGUCGGCGUCAAGGCGUCCAAUUACUUCAUGCCCGAGGAGACCCUCAGCACCGUGGGCCCCGGGGGCGGCAAGUGGAUUCUCAUGGACCAGACGCUCGCGGUGAGGACCAGGGAGGGCAAGCGCUGGUGCGUUGACGAGAAGGGCUACGGACGCAUCUACGCCGUAGGCGACUGCAACUUCGGCUGCGUCGAGAUUCCCCCCGACGACCCGGACCUGCUGCGCGAGGCCUCGGGACACAUCUCGGGGCAGUUCCUGGGCGGGGCAUCCACGAAGGGAGAGAUCUCUGUCACAGACGCCAGCCAGGUGUUCAAGAGGUUCGACGAGGUGACGGUCGCGGAGAAGAAGUACGAGAUCCUGUCCAUCUCCGCGCCGAAGACGCAUGGAACCACCACGGUCUAUUCCGUGGUGAUGAGCAUGCCGUUCGCCGGGAACGCGAGCGGCGCGGUCCCGGUGAAGAAAGCCGGCGGCGGUGGCCGGAGCAUCAACGCUUGGCCCGUCCCUCCGAUCCCAAAAAUCUCGUACCCUGGCGAGGAGGAGGCCGUUAUCGCGUGCGCCAACAUCCACAGGAUCGAGAAGCUGAAGCACGGCAAGACCGUCGACUGCUGCUACGCGCCCCUGCAGCCGGCGAAGAUGCACUGGCCCUGGGGCGCCGGCAUGUUCGCCACCUCGCUCGGGCCCGACACCGCGUGCUUCGUGGCGGGGGCCAACUGGCAGAAGAACUCGGGCCUGUGCUGCGUGUGGGGCCCGCCCUGCGCCGUGCAGAAGGAGAUCAUCGAGGCCUCCAAGACCGACGAGUGCGCGAACGGCGUCAUCGGGCGCAUGAUCUGGCACUUUGUCCACCACACGCCGGUGCACCUCUUCGGCGGCGCGCCCCGCUGGGGCUACUGAGCGACCCCCGCGGCCCCGCCUGGCCGAGGCUCGCGAGGGCGGGGCCCGCCGAGGCGGCGCCGGGCCCGCCGCGGCGCGCCUCUCCCAUCUCGGGGGGGGCCUCAGACGAGGGUCAACGCAAGCGGUGGUCAGUCGGAGCGCCGGAUCUUGCAGGAUCCUGCAGGGCCAGGGUUGCACUGGGCUGGGCUGGGGUAAUUUUCGCGACGCCAGAGCAAGGCACAAACAAUGACAUUAGCAUGAACUGUCGGAGGGCCGAUCGAAUUUCUCGGAUCGGCGCUGGAGCCCCCCCUGGCGGCGCCUUUGGCGCCACCCCUGGCGCACUCCGCGUGCCAGGGAGGGGAAUCCAGCGCCGAUCCAAGAAAUCCGCGAGGACCUCCGAAAGUGCAUGUUGUGUCAGUCUUUGUUCCCCUACAUCAUCACCGAGCGCGUUCCACGACUCGCCGGAGCACCUGCUCGCAAACGUCAGGC